AUGGUGGCCGAAUACAAUGGAACAACCGGCACUGCCGAUGCCGGGUACUCGACCAACGUCCAUGACCUUAACAUUUUCUACGACACGGGCAACCUAGCCUUCCUAACCAUAUCGUCGGUCCUGGUGCUGCUCAUGAUCCCCGGCGUGGGCUUCUUCUACAGCGGCCUCGCGCGAAGAAAGUCGGCUCUCCAGCUCGUCCUCCUAUCCAUGCUCUCCGUCGCCGUCAUCGGGUUCCAGUGGUUCUUCUGGGGAUACUCGUUGACCUUCUCGCGGACCGGAAACGCCUUCUUCGGCGACCUCACUCAGUUCGGCCUCAUGAAGACACUCGCCCAGCCAAACGGCUCCUCUUUCCUCCCCGACAUCCUCUUCUGCCUACCAGCCCUUGCCAUCGGCGCCGUUGCCGACUGCGGCCGCAUGCUGCCCGCCAUCAUCUUCAUCUUCAUCUGGUCGACCGUCGUGUACGACCCCAUCGCCUACUGGACGUGGAACGCAAACGGCUGGCUGUACAAGCUGCCGGCGUACGACUUCGCGGGCGGCGGCCCGGUGCACAUCGCCUCGGGCACCUGCGCGCUCGCGUACAGCGUCAUGCUCGGCAAGCGGACGGGCUACUCCAGGACGCAGGGCCUCCCCUACCGCCCUCACAGCGUGACCAACGUCGUCCUCGGCACCGUCUUCCUCUGGGUGGGCUGGUUCGGGUUCAACGGCGGCUCCGCGCUGGCCAUGAACCUCCGCGCCGUCAUGGCCUGCUACGUGUCCAACCUGGCCGCCUCGUGCGGCGGCAUCGUCUGGGUCCUGCUCGACUACCGCCUCGAGAGGAAGUGGAGCACCAUUGGCUUCUGCUCCGGCGCCAUCUCGGGCCUCGUCGCCAUCACGCCCGCCGCGGGCUUCGUCGCCCCCUGGGGCGCCGUCAUCAUCGGCGUCUGCGGCGGCGCCUGCUGCAACUUUGCCACCAAGCUCAAGUUCCUGACGGGCGUCGACGACGCCCUCGACAUCUUUGCCGUCCACGGCAUCGGCGGCAUGGUCGGCAACGUCCUCACCGGCAUUUUUGGAGCGUCGUAUAUUGCUGGCCUCGACGGCACCACGUACUCUCCUAUCGGCUGGAUCGAACACAACUGGGUCCAGCUGGGCUACCAGCUCGCCGGCAUUUGUGCGGCGUUUGGCUGGUCCUUUGUACUGACCUGCAUCAUCCUGUUCCUCAUGAACCUCGUCCCCGGCUUGAGUCUCCGCGUCUCUGCUGCCGAGGAAGACGUCGGCAUCGACGACGCUCAACUUGGCGAAUUUGCCUACGACUACGUCGAGUUGACGCGUCACGUAGCGGACUCCUCCUCUCUCGGAUCCAUGUCGUCUAGCAGUUCUACCCACGAGAAGACUACUCCGAGAUUGUCUAAACAGUCCGCGGCACUUUGA